CCACCUAUUCCAGUGUGCGAGGUGCUGCGGCCAGCUUUAGGGGCGGGGCUAGGCAAAGAGAGCCCUAUGCGGGGGAAAAGAGAUGGGACCAAGAGUUGGGGAUAGGGUUUCUCUUUGAGGGCGUGGCUUGUGAGUCGUAGCUUUCCCGCCGACGGUUGGCCCCGUCACGUGACAUGGGUUGGAAGAUGGCGUCUCCCACAGAGGGGACAGAUCUGGAAGCAUCUUUGUUAAGUUUUGAAAAACUUGACCGUGCCUCACCAGACCUUUGGCCAGAACAAUUACCAGGUGUUGCUGAAUUUGCAGCCUCUUUCAAAAGUCCUAUUACUAGCUCACCACCCAAAUGGAUGGCUGAAAUAGAACGUGAUGACAUUGACAUGUUGAAAGAACUGGGCAGCCUGACCACAGCUAAUUUGAUGGAGAAGGUACGAGGCCUGCAGAACUUGGCCUAUCAGCUGGGGCUGGAUGAGUCCAGAGAGAUGACCCGGGGGAAAUUCCUCAACAUUCUAGAGAAACCCAAGAAGUAGCAACAGCUUGUGGACAGGACGUCCCGGGGGCUGGAACCACAUGCCCCUCCCCGUGCAGCUCCGAUGGUGCGCCUCACUGCUCCCUGGCGAGGGGCUGGAGGCUGCACCUCCAGGACUGACCCUCUCCUGCUCCUGGUACUCUGCACCUCUGAGGACAUGCGACAGCAAGAGAAGAAUCUGUUCUACCCAAGGCUCAAUGCAGUUAUUCAGUCAGCUUCCAGACUUUGACCAUCUGCCCCUCAGAUGUUGGUAACAACAGAGGGCAUGCCAUUCUUAAAGGUCAAAGUCCUGCUUUCCCGUGUCUGGAAGUGACUCAGGAGCCCCAGGAUCUUACAGUUGAUUUGAUUCUGUGAUGGCAAAGUCUGUUGCGACAAUGAUUGGAUGGGUAAUUCUGAGUUAUACUUAAUCUCUUAGGAGGUAUUUAUGACGCGAGGAGCCCAGAAAUCAAUUAGAUUCUGGACCAGACCAUGUAGCUUGACCUGGGAACUCUCCAGUGUAUGCUAGGUUCUAAGAAUCCUCAGCUGGAGAAACCAGAAUCUUCUAAACAUGUAUGCGUGCUUUUUAAAUUCUAUACCUCUCACCAUAGUCCUGUACCCUAAUGCCUUCCACUGCUCACCUCCCAGCCCCCACCACCCAUUCUGACUCCGGGGAAGGGGAUCCCUGUGUAUCGAGUCCCUCCUGGGAUCAGUUUGUGUAGUGAAAGGCCCAUGCAAGGUUGCAUUGACUUCUAGACCUCAAGACCAAUUUAAAGGUGACAGAAAGGACUUUUGAGUUCUAGUUAAUCUGUUACAGAUUCAAGCGAGACAGUUAGUAUGGCCUGAAGACAGGAAAAGGGGAUUGAUUGCAGGAGUUCCUAUUUGAUUAAAAACUAGAAACUCUGACUGACCUUGAAGGAAUGUGCGUGCCGUGGAACGGUGGCAAUGUUUUUGCCCUCUUGCCCCCUCUCACCGCACAGAGCAGAUAUUUCACCCAUAUGACAGAAACACACACAUGAAAGAAAAAGAGAAUUUCCUGACCUAAAUAUAACUCUUAUGGAGCUCUUUGCCAAUUAUCUUUCUGUGUUAAAACCUGAAAGUCUAGCCUGUGGGUAAUACCGAUUACACAUGUUCUCCAUAUUUUGUCUGAUAAGCUAGCCCCCAGCCUCCAAAGUUUUUGAAAAAUACAUGGGGUUUCCUAAACUUUAUGGAAAGAACGUCCAUGUGGCAGUAGUCUGACGGUGUUUGGGCACAAGGAGAGUGGUGGUCGAGUGCUUGGCCCUGCAUGUGUGUGGUGGGGGUGCAGCACGUGCCACUUAAUAAGCAGCCCGUUAACCGUUUUCUGACAUGUGCUUUAUUUCACGUUGGAUUUUUCUCUUGCUUGUGCCGUUUGACCACCCAUGCAAUUUUACUUAUUGACAAGAAUGAAAAAAUUGAACACAAGACACAAAGGAUGAAUAUGAGAGGGAAAACAUUCUGCCCGGAUGCCAUGUACAAUAGAAUGUUAGGCGGUAGGGGCUUUGAUUUUUAAGUUAAGCUUAUAUUGACAUUCCUUAUCUUAAAUGCGGUUGAAGACUUUGUGUGUGCACAAAAAAUAGUGUCAUGAUGUCACAUUCUCCCUUUGCUCUGUUUUUGAGAGUUGAUGACAUCAAAAGGGGAAUUGAGAAAUAUAUAGAGUAUAUUGGGAUACCUCCCCAAAACCAACUUGUCUGUAACCUGAAGCUGUGUAGCGGGGUUUUGGUCUGCUUUGGCCUCUUUCUUUUACUGUCAUCUUACUCACCAGCACUUAAUGUAAGUAGAUGUUUUAGAAUUGCGAUAUUUAUUGGUUUUAUAUUUGUCCUCAGAAAAGCUAAUAAUGUGUUUUUAUAUUGAUAAUAUAAAUUUAUGUGCAAUGUGUGCAUGCAUGUAUUUCAGGGUGUUAGAAGAUUGUACUUUGUAUAUGAUGUUUUCUGUGUCGU